CUUCAUGAACCAGCGAGGCAGAGAAAGACUGGGAUAGAGAGAGAGAUUACGUUCGCAUCCCUCUCUCUCCCCAGUCUCUGUAUCCUUGGUUCACUGGUGUCCUAACUUGCCCAAAGACUCUGUAACCACCUGCUCGAAUCCCCAAAGAAAGGAGGACUGGUAAAUAUUGAAAGUUAACGAACAAAAAGCUAUGGAGGGAAAACUGAAGGGGUAUCUGUGGAGAAAUGAUUUGUGCUGGCCUGGUCAGUGCGGCUGCCACCAACAAGGCGAACUGUAGUGGGAGAGAAGACUGGCACGGGAGAGACUCAUACACGAACAGAAAGGAAAAAAAAGGAAACGAGAGAUUAAAUAUUGCACACGAACAGAAAAUUACAUAAAACAAACAAACAAAAAAAAAAAGACUGAUAUAGAAAGACAAAAAAGACGCCACAGGAGAAACAAACAAAGAAAAGGAAAGGAAAGGAACGAUAAUCAAAUGAAAGACUAACAAAAGGAAAAGAAAGGAAGGAAGGAAGGAUAUCAUUCAAAAAUCGUUUGUGUGUGUGUGUGUGUGUGUGUGUGUGUGUGUGUGAAGAAAAGAAACAUUUCAGAAAACUUAGACAAAUAGAGAAAAAAAAGAAUAAAAAAUAUAUAUAUCACUUAUCUAAGACAAUAUAAUACGAACACACGAACACACAAACUCUAAGAGAAAAGAAAGAAAGAAACAAACAAACAAAGAUAAAUGACAAAAAACGGAUGAAGGAAUUUAAAGACCGUUGAAAAAUUAGUGUGUUCGUGCGUACGUGUGUGUGUUCCGCCACUUAAGUUGGAACAGCUCCCGUCAAGGAUACGGAGAGAGAGAGAGAGAGAGAGAGAGAGAGAGAGAGAGAGAGAGAGAGAGAGAGAGAGAGAGAGAGAGAGAGAGCGUGUGUUUUGCAUCAGCUGUGAGAGGAAGAGACAAGAAGACGAGGAGGAGGAGGAGGAGGAGGACAGAAGCAGAGGAAGAGGAGAAGGAGGACGAGGACGAGGAGGAGAAAGGCAAGACUGAAAGUAGAGGAGGAGGAGGAGGAGGAAGGAUAAGAAGAAGAAGAGAAAUAAGGAAAACAAUAAAUAAAAGGAGUAGUGGAGAAAGGAAAUAAAGAAAAACAAAGAAAAGAAAAAUAGACAAAAACAAGAAUUUAACAAGCAAAUUAAAAAAAAGAAGAAAAAAGUGUUUAAGUGCAAGGCUUUUAAAAGUGACACACACACACACACACACACACACACACACACACACACACACACACACACACACACACACACACACACACACACACACUCCUACACUUUCCCACGCCCUCCUAAGACCUCCCACGCCCUACCAACACCUCCUACGCCUCUCCCACGUCUUCCCAGUCACGCCCACAGCAUCAUGAAGAGCGUGGGCGCGGGCGUGGUGCUCCUGGACACCCACGGGGGCUACCUGGAUUUGACACCUGCAGCCCUAGAGCAGCUAAUUAGCAAGGAGCCAAUUAGUCACCAUUAUGAUGUGGAACAAACACCCUUCGCCAGAGGCAAAUUUGCGGCCGUCAGACGAGCGCGGUGCCUCAGGUCGGGCACAUGGUAUGCUGCCAAGGUCAUGAGGAAGAGAAGAAGGGCGCAGGAUGUCCGCCAUGAGAUCCUACAUGAGGCUGCCGUGCUGCUUCUGGCCCGCCCCUCUUCCCGUAUCGUGUCCCUUCACCAGCUGUACGAGACGACCUCCGAAAUUAUCUUAGUCCUAGAGUUGGCAGAGGGCGGAGAACUGCAGCGAGUGAUUGACGAGGAGGAGAGCCUGGGGGAGGAGGCUGUGCGGCGCUACAUGACCAACAUCCUGUCCGCCCUUAGGUUCCUGCACGCCCACAACAUUGCCCACCUCGACCUCAAGCCGCAGAACCUCCUCCUGACGGGCCAGCAUCCGGGAAGUGAGGUCAAGCUGUGUGAUUUUGGCAUUUCUCGCAUUAUUCUCUCCGAUAUUGAAGUCAGGGAGGUGCUAGGGACGCCGGACUAUGUGGCCCCUGAAAUACUUCAGUACGAGCCCAUCAGCUUGGCGACUGACAUGUGGUCCGUGGGGGUGCUCGCCUACGUGCUGCUGACGGGACACUCGCCCUUCGGAGGCAACACGAAGCAAGAGACAUUCCUCAACAUCUCCCAGGGCCACGUGGACUUCCCGGAGGAGCUCUUUGAAGGCGUCUCAGGAACCGCCAUGGACUUCAUUACCAGACUCCUUAUUGUGGAACCUGGGUGCCGCAUGACAGUUCAGGAAGCAUUGGAGCACCAGUGGCUGAGCGGCUUACAGACCCCAGCACGACCUGUACCGAACCCCACACACACCCCGGCUAGCAAUGGAGCCUGUACCCCCAUCAAGGCCCCUUCCCCAACCCCGACCCAACCUGUGAGCCCCAGCGGCAUGGCGUCCUACCACUACAUAUCAUCUGGCAGUAGUAGUAGUAGCAGUAGCAGCAGUAGUAGCAGUAGCAGCAGCAGGGAACACACACACCCAGUCACUCCACCUUCACGACGAGGAACAAACAAGGAAAACAACAGGAACAUGAUAAAUAAGACUAAAGAUGAACUGACAGCCUCCCCGGUGCCUCCCCCCCACUCCCCAGCCAAGGCAAGGCCCUGCACCCCCCACUUGGACAAGGGCAGAAGGGAGGGAGAGGGGUCACGGAAGCCACAAGCCUCGGGGAAGGAGAACAAGGAGAUGAAGGAGAAUAAGCUCAGGUCGUCUCCUCUGUGUCUCCGCCCCAACUGUGACCUCAACAGCCCCAGCGACCAGCACAAGUGUGGGUCGGGUCAAGGGUCAGUUAGUAUUAUCCUGGAGAAGAGUAUUAUAUGUUGAUGUGACCUGCUGUGACCUAAUGUGUGUGUGUGUGUGUGUGUGUGUGUGUGUGUGUGUGUGUGUGUGUGUGUGUGUGUGUGUGUGUGUGUGUGUGUGUCCAUUUAGUCUCUGUCUUUGUUUGUUUCUUGAAAAGUCACUAUGGAUGUUGUUGGGUUUUCAAGGGUGUUUUUGUAGUGCUUGUUAACUGUCCAGUGGUUUGAACAGCCUGUACUGGAAGUUACUGGAGUUCUCAAGGGUGUCUUUGUGGUGGUAGUAACAGUCUGAGGGCCUCUAGUGCAAGUUAUUCUGGUUUCCAUGAUUCCAGCGAUGGUUUAACAGGCUCUGGUAGAAGUUAUUGGAAUUUCAAGGUUGUUUUUGUGGUGGUAGUUACAGUCUGAGAGCCUCUAGUGCAAGUUAUUGUGGUUUUCAUGAUUGUAGUGAUGCUUUAACAGGCUCUGGUAGAAGUUAUUGAAAUUUAAAGGGUGUUUUUGUGGUGCUAGUGAGUUACUGGGGUUUACAAAGAUGUUUUUUUAUGAUUCCAGUGGUAGAUAACAAGCAUUCAAAGCCAUCAAAGCAAAAAGAACACAAAUGAGGACCUGAUUGUUCAUCUCUGUGGCCUUCGGAAAAAACAGAUCUAACAAGGCAGGCUAACUAACCUUAAUUAAUUCCUUCAUUGCACUGUCUCUUGCUGUGAUUCCAAAAUAUUAACUUCCAGCAACUUCUAAACUCUCUCUCUCUCUCUCUCUCUCUCUCUCUCUCUCUCUCUCUCUCUCUCUCUCUCUCUCUCUCUCUCUCUCUCUCUCUCUCUCUCUCUAAUAUUUUUUUUGGCAAGUUAUAUUCUUUCUUUCUAAUCGUCAAUGGAAUCCUUGUCUUGCUUGGAAACCUGUCUGUCUGUCUGUAUAUUUGUUUUAAGAGAGAUAUUUGUCUGUCAGUCUGUCUAUCUAUCUGUCUGUUUACUGGUGUAUCUGUCUAUAUCUAUCAAUUUAUCUAUGUCUGUCUAUGUAUCUAUCUUUCACCUACUUAUCUAUCUAUCUAUCUAUCUAUCUGUCCAUCUCACUAUCUCACUAUCUAUCUAUCUAUCUAUCUAUCUAUCUAUCUACCUCUAUUCAUCUCCCCAGUCCCUGCCAGUACACAGACAUGCCUCACUCUUUCUCUCAUACAGACCUAGCUCAACGACACACACAAAGGUUUACACUCACACCUCCUCCCUCUGUCGGACUGCAGACGUGGCCUAUGCUGUGCUGUUUUGUAUUGUUAGUGUGUGUGUGUGUGUGUGUGUGUGUGUGUGUGUGUGUGUGUGUGUGUGUGUGUGUGUGUGUGUAAGGACAGGCAGAAUCAGAUUUCUUGUCCCUGUAGAGGAGGAUGAGAGAGAGAGAGAGAGAGAGAGAGAGAGAGAGAGAGAGAGAGAGAGAGAGAGAGAGAGAGAGAGAGUAUAAUGAUGAAAUAAUGAAGGAAAAAAUACCAUUAUAAUCUAAUAAUGAAUAAUAAUAAUAAUAAUAAUAAUGAUGAUAAUAAUAAUAAUAAUAAUAAUAAUAAUAACAAUAAUAAUAAUGACAAUGAUGAUUAAAAAAAAUGAAGUGAGGUGCUUAGAAAUGGCAAAAUGUAUGAUGAAAAUUAUACAAUAUACUUUUUUACUACAGUGAGUGUGUGUACGAGUGUAUGGUGAUCUGUGAAUGUUUAAUGAAUGUGCAAUGAAUGGCUGUUGGUGAUGGAUAGCAAUGGUGAUGAGUCUUGAAUGAAUAAUAAGCUGCUGACAUGUAUAAUGGUGGUUUGUGAAGGUUAUAAUGAAGUGGUGUGAAUGUGUGGUGAUUCUGAGGUGUAUAAUGACCCUUCAGACUGUACAGGAGGAAGUACAAUGAAUUAAAUGUUUAUACAGUGAAAGUUACAGUGAUUGAAAGGGUAUACAGUGAAAAUAUAACCCUUCAGGCUGUACAGGAAGAAGUACAAUGAAUUAAAAGUUUAUACAGUGAAAGUUACAGUGAGUGAAAGGGUAUACAGUGAAAAUAUGACCCUUCAGGCUGUACAGGAGGAAGUACAAUGAAUUAAAAGUUUAUACAGUGAAAGUUACAGUGAGUGAAAGGGUAUACAGUGAAAAUAUAAUGAAAAACCACCAGAAAAAAGAUAAAUGAAUGAAAAAAAUAAAUAAAAAUACUUAAAACACACAUACUACUACUACUACUAUUACUACUACAAGGUGCACUUAAGAAUCUGUACAGUCACUUAGAAGACUUGUACUGCGGCAAUAUAAGUAGAGAUAGUUAAGUAAGACCACCACCACCACCACCACUACUACUACUACUACUAUUACUACUACUACUACUACUACUAUUACUACUACUUCUACUACAGUGGUGUGAAAAUAUGAAGAGGUGUGUUUUUUUUUUUUUUUGUAAAUAUUAGUGUUUGUUAAUGGUGUAUGUUUUUUUUUUUUUUCUAUAAGUAUUAAUAGCAGGUGUUUAUACAGUGAAUGGAUGGACGUGAAUGAAUAAAAUGUAGGAAUGAUU